AUGUCAAGAAGAGGCUUACGAGAUGAAGAAAUCGAACGAUUAUUGUGUGAAAUUCCAUCAGACGAGGAUUCCACUGUUGACACCACAGAUGACGAAUCUGAUUAUGAAGCAAGCAUUGUUGCGGAGGCUAUUGUGUCGUCUGAAGGCGAAGUUUCAGAGAGCGAGGAAGAAAGUGAGUCCACUCCGCCAAAACGCGCUGCUGACACAGCGCCAACUUGGGGACAACAAUUCAAUGCUACCUCAGGAAUGCAGUUCGACAGUGAAUCAGGACCAAGUGCUUUUAUUAGGGACAUUGAUGAUCCAGAACCUAUCGAUAUAUUCGAAAAAAUAUUUCCAAAAGAGCUAGUUCAGCUAAUCGUUUUCCAAACAAAUUUAUAUGCGACGCAAUCUGGCAAGUCUUUCACUCCAACAACUGACAAUGAAAUACGAACUUUCCUGGGAAUCAACAUUUUGAUGGGUAUAAAGCGUAUGCCAGCAUACAGAGACUACUGGUCUAGUGCCCCAGAACUUCAUGAUCGUUAUAUUGCAUCUCUGAUGGCAGUAAAUCGGUUUGGAUGGUUACUGAGGAACAUUCAUCUGAAUGAUAACACAUUGCAUCCAGAAAAAGGACACCCAGGUUAUGACAAACUGUACAAGCUGCGACCAGUGAUCAAGAUACUAUCUGAAUCUUUUUCCAAGUGUUACCAACCCAGCAAACACCUAGCAAUUGAUGAGUCAAUGAUCAAAUUCAAAGGCCGCAACAGUAUGAAACAAUACAUGAGAGAUAAACCCAUAAAGCGUGGUUACAAAGUGUGGAUGCUGUGUGACAAGACCUCUUACAACUUGAAAUUUGAUAUUUACACCGGAAAAACUAGAGAAGAUAAAGAAAAAGAAGAAGACGGUGAUGAUGAUGAUGAAGAAGAAGAAGAACUGAGUGAUGCAGAAAUAGAGAGAAGACGUGAAUUGUUAAGAGAGAAGUUGUUGUAUCUGAGAGACGAAUUAGAUCUAAUGGAGACCGAAGAUGAAGAAGAUGAUGAAGAAGGUGGGCGGAAUACCAGCGACAGCAGUCAUUCUGGUUCGUCGGAGGACGAUGAUACCAGUGACGCUGAAGACUCACAUUGUCCAAGACUGAAACCUGUGUUUAUACGUAAGAAAGACCACACCACAAUCUUAGACAAAGAACGCACUGAGAAAAUGAUGAAGCAAGCGGAAAUGGAAGCGAAGAAAAACGCUGAAGAGAGACGAAAACAAGCCAUUAAACUAGUAGAGAUGACAGUGCUAAAGGAUAGGACGCUAUUAGACGCUAAGGAGGCGUCAUUGGAAGAUGUUGAUACCGAUGACGAAAAUGACGAGACAGAAUACGAAAUGUGGAAACUGAGAGAAUUAAAACGUAUUAAGAGAGACAAAGAAGAAAGAGAACAACGUGAAAACGAGCAGCUUGAAGUGGAGCAAAUACGAAUUAUGACGGAAGAAGAAAGACGUCUCAAUUUUCGGGCAAAUCCCAAAAGAGUUACCAACAAAGCCAUCAAAGGAAAGUACAAGUUUUUGCAAAAGUAUUACCACAGAGGGUCAUAUUACAUGGACGAAGAAGAAGAUUUGUACAAGCGUGAUUUCUCUGCUCCUACUCUAGAAGAUCAGUUUGACAAAACUGUUUUACCCAAAGUUAUGCAGGUGAAAAACUUUGGCCGAAGUGGUCGGACGAAAUACACCCAUCUUGUGGAUCAAGACACAACGCAGUUUGAUUCACCUUGGAUCUCAGAAACAGUUUUGAAUCUUAAAUUUCAUGCUGCUUUAGCCCCCGGUAUGAAACAAAAUUUCGAAAAACCUUCACGACGAAAGCCGAACCACUAA